GCAAAGGAUCGAAGUAAUGUAAACCAUUCAUUAGACCAAGUCGGACGUUCGGUGAAUGGUGGAGCAGUUACUUUAAAAUAAGAAUUUUAUUUUCUUUUUUAUAAAUUAUUAUUGUAAGCAGGCUGAAUUAUCAGGGCAGAACCAACAAGAUGGUGAUUUUGUGGCUACUCUGUGCCCUCUCUUCAGCCACGGCCCUGGACAAUGGCCUGGCUCUCACACCACCCAUGGGCUGGCUCUCGUGGGAGAGGUUCCGUUGUAUCACCGACUGCAAGAAGUACCCUAACGAAUGUAUAAGUGAAAAUCUAAUCAAACGCACAGCUGACCUGAUGGUGAGCGAGGGUUACCUAGCUGCGGGUUACAACUACUUGGGGAUUGACGACUGUUGGCUGGAGAAGAAUAGGGGAGACGAUGGACGCAUGGUGCCCGAUAGGGAACGCUUCCCUAGUGGAAUGAAGGCACUGGCUGACUAUAUCCACAGCAAAGGGCUCAAAUUUGGCAUGUACGAAGACUACGGUAAUAUGACAUGCGCUGGCUACCCAGGAGUGCUUGGGAAUGAGGAGUUGGACAUAGCCACGUUCGUAGAGUGGGAGAUUGACUAUCUCAAGCUGGACGGCUGCUACAUCAAACCUGAGGCUAUGGAUGAAGGUUACCCGAAUUUCGGCAAAUUGUUGAACAAAACUGGACGGCCUAUACUGUAUUCCUGCAGUUGGCCAGCUUAUCAGGAGCCUGAAAAUAUAUUACCAAACUACACAGCGAUAGCUGAACACUGCAACCUGUGGAGGAACUGGGACGACAUCGAGGACUCGUGGGCGUCCGCGGCCGGCGUCAUGGACUGGUUCGGGGACAACCAGCACCGGCUGGCGCAGUUCGCGGGCCCCGGACAUUGGAACGACCCGGACAUGUUGUUAAUAGGUAACUUCGGUUUAACCAUCGAUCAAGCGCGAGUACAAAUGGCAGUUUGGUCAAUUCUGGCGGCGCCUCUGCUCAUGAGCACGGACUUGGCGACCAUAAGGCCGGAAUUCAAGGAGAUUCUUCUUAAUAAGGACAUAAUAGCUAUUGAUCAGGAUAAGAUGGGAAAGCAAGGGCUAAGAGUUUGGAAGAAAAAGGAUUCUGGAGCGAGGAAAAACCUGGAGAUUUGGAAACGCGAGCUGUUUGACGGUUCAUACGCCAUGGCGUUCGUCAGUCAGAGGGACGAUGGUAUACCGUACGCCGCCAACUUUACCUUCGAUGAGAUGAGUCUGCCCAAGAAUACUUACUAUAUAACGAACCUGUAUAAGGAUGAAAGUGAUAAAACUUUGAGGCCGGAUGAAGAUUUUGAAGUACGAAUAAAUCCUCUAGGAGUUAAGUUUUACAAAUUUAUACCAAAGGACAACAUAGAAGAGACUGAAGAUAGUUUUAAGAACCAAGUUAUGUCACAGAUACUGAACAAAAUUUAAACUAACAAAAUAUCCAUUAUGAUUUAAUAUCUAGAUAAGUUAAAACUACUUCUAGGCACUUUGAAUUUUUUUCAAUAAAUUAAGUAAAGAA